GUGCCGUGGUAGUCUGGAGUGGUUAGUGACGUUUCAUUUCCAAGAGGACACAGGUGCACAGUGGAGCGAUGCCGACUCAGAGGCGAUAAUUCAGGACGUAGUAUUAUAAAAUAAACUAGUGAUUAGUGUAUGGAGAAAGACCAUUUUGAUUUUCAUUUGGAAAUCGGAGGACCUAAAGCGCUAGAUAUGGAGUACGAACAUUGUCCGACGACCUGCGAGAGCGAUGUCGAGGAGGACGUACUGGUGCUGGUCGAAGUGCCAACAGGACCCGAUGGGCGCAAGAGACAGAUCAGACACACCAGGAAGUCUCCUUACGGGUGGCAAUACGCCUGGACGAUGUCACUGCUCAGCCUCGUCCUCACCCUCGUCCUCAUCAACGAUAUGAUCACCUACGGGAGAUUCGAGUCAAGGUGGCAGCGGGAGGAGGCCGCCCUCCAACUCCUUCAGGAGGCGCGAGCUCAUCCGGGAGGGAGACAGGAGGUGGCUGUAAGGCCUACAAUGAGGAUAGAAAUAUAUUAUGAGGUUCUCUGCCCCGAUAGCCGCAACUUCAUCAUGAAGCAGCUUACUCCUGCGUAUGAAAAGCUAAAAGAUAUUCUACAAGUGGGGCUCGUUCCCUAUGGGAAGGCAGAGACACAAGAGAAAAAUGGCAAAGUAACUUUUGAUUGCCAGCAUGGUCCCAGAGAAUGUGAAGGAAAUAUUGUCCAUGCUUGUGUCACAAAUGUGAUAAAAGAUGAAGCUAAGCAGAUAGCAAUUGUUCAUUGUAUGAUAGACAGAAAUGAACAGCCAAUGGUGGUAGGAAAGAAGUGUGUAGAGAAACAUGGAGAAAAUUGGGGAAAAAUAUCCAGCUGUGUCACAUCUGAUAAGGGUACUAGUAUCCUCAAACAUAUGGGGGAUAUGACACACAGGUUGAAGCCUGAAGUGACCUUCAUACCUACCAUUACCAUAGAUGGGAGCCAGGACGACCAGAAAAAUAUUCUCAAAGACUUCCACAAGGUGUUGUGCAAAAAAUACAAAGGGCCAAGACAUCCUUCGUGUUGAUUGACUUUAUCUCGUCUAAAGUAAGAUUUGAUAAGAGGCUACUUAAAUUUAAAUCUUUACAUGGUGAAUUGGAAAGAAAGUGAAGAAUAUGUAAUUUUAUUAAACU